UGUAGCCCUUUGUUAGCACUGCCAGCAUUCAAGUCUGUCCUCUGACUGCAGUCAUCUAUGAACCGUUAUUUUUCCCCUCCCUGCUUUCCUCUUUGUCUGACUCGUUCUAUGUCUCAGUCUCCCUGAAUCUUUUUCUCACCUCCCUCUAUUUUUAGCUAAAUAUCUGACCCCUCCCACCCGUUUCCUAGCUCCAGCUCUUGCUGAAGCAUUCCUGACCUAUAUUUGAGCACAGCCUUGUCUCACGCGCUGCCCAGUUUCUGGGUUAGUGGGCCAGCAAGGGAGAAAGUCUCUCUUUCUUUAACACUUAGUUCUGUGGCUCCAGGGAUCUAAGCGCUGAAUAUUAGAUUAGCCAGUGUAUAAUACUUGUGUGGCAUCUCUCUAUUUAACCUCACUACCCAUAAACUCUUGUGAGCUGUAACAUGUUUAUAAAAGUUUAACAGAAAAACCGCAGAUUAGUCUUAAACCUGAACAAUUUUGGUGUUAUAUUCACUUGCUGCUCAUUAUCAGCCUUUUCUAGCUAUACAUUUCUUACCAGAUGAGACAAGAUUUUUAAAGUUUGACCAAUUUGAGAGAAUUUAUUUCCAGGUAAAUAAUGUUGUCACAUACUCUGAGACGACAAUGCCAAAGAAAUGGUUCCCAGGUCAUGAGAUUAUAAAGUCAAAAGAAUAUUAUUUAAUUGCAGCAAGUCCUAUAUUGUGAUCUAUCUGUGCCUUUAGGUUUCUUAGGAGGUAUUAAAUUAAGAAGUGUGAGUGUGUCCUUUUGAAAACCAAUAUGACACAACAAGCAACUGUGUUUCUGCCAUUAUAUGACGUCAGAAGUAGGAAAAUAGCAGAUGUAAAGUCAAAAUCACUUGCAUUAUGUUUUCCACAGAGCUUGCUCUGGCCAGGUGGGACUUUGUUACCUCCCAGUGUGUUGGUUAAGUUGACAAAACAUUCCCUUGUCACCCUUUUCCAAACACAGGCAGUGGGGCCUGUCUAGGCCUUUCAACUGAGUAAUUCAUAAGCGAGAUUCUUGCCUGUUCUUCAUUGUUAAGCAAAUAUAUCUUGCCCUUCAUCAACUGCCAUCUGAUAGCAAUUUAGUGAUUUAUGCCCAGAAAAUAACCACACUCAGCCUGCCUGGUUUUUGUUUUUUCCUGUCUGGGUGUUUUGGAAUCUAUUCAUUGACCCAUACAUACAUAGGAAACUGUACAUGGUCAUACCUGUAAGAUCUGUUGAAAUCUAUUACACGUUACCAGAUCUCUUGACUAGAUUAUUUAGACUGUGCACUCAAAAAAGAGAAACAGUAACAUGUUAAUGUUUCAAAAAGCAUAUACUUCAGCCUUGUUUUGAUUUCCCCACUCUCAGUGAUGUAAUACAGGCUAGUGUUUCAGAAUGUAAAAACAAAUCAUGUGCUCAUUGCUAAUGCUUGCCAGACAUGCAGUUUUGGUCACAGCUCUCAAUCCUGUAGGGGAAUUUUGCACAAGGAAGAUUAAUGCUGUAAAUUGGUGAGUCAAACAAAUGGAUUUAAGGGAUGUCAAGGUGUAGGAAUUAAAACAGAGUUACUAAGACAGUGUUGUCUAUUUUUUAUUUCUGCAAACUCUCUUUUGUUAGCACUACCUCCUAAUAGGGAACAUUUAGACGGAGAACAGAGGUCAUGGGUCACAGAAACAGCAGAUCAAUAACAAGGCUAAAAGAUCAGACAGUGGUUAUACAGGACAAGAGACUAUUGAGGGUUGCCAUGGGUGACCAUCCAACUAAAGCCAGACAUGCUAAGCACAGGAUUAGCUUUCUAACACAUAGCCAUCUGGAGGCUCAGAUAGAGGUUGCACCCCUCCCCACUGUCUGACAAGCUGAGACAGACUGAGUGACCUACAUCCUGCAAUACGCCUCGAGCACUGGAGUCUGAUUCUGCCAGCUUAUUAACAUAGCCUUGUUGAAAAGUGGUUAAAAAAAAACAGAACCCUGAAAACAAGCAAAAAGAACAGGUCACAUUGGCCCUAAGCUAAUAGCUUCACAUUCUUAAGACUUCAAGAACUUUUCUCCUUUUUCUGCCCUGUUUAUCCCAUUGGCUGUUGGAGUGGCUGGUUUGGGCGUGCACUGGAUGAUUAACCCUAGUUAAAUGCAGGAAACUGUCACAGAGGCUCGCCUAUUUUUGAUAUUUUUAGCCAAUCUGGACACUUAACAAAGACUAUUACUUAUUUUUAUUUAGGAACUUCAAAUGCAAAAUCAAUGAGGUUGACCCUGACUGCAGCUAAAAUUCCUCAUAAGAUUUUUGCUGAUCCAGCUACUUAGUCAAACAUUCAACACUACUAAAAGGUGGAGACUUUACAGCCAUUUUGAUAACCACCUUUCCCCUCCACCCCAUCCCUAAUAUUCCCAUCAGUAACCAUUUCUGAUGGUAGCAAGGAGAUUCCAAACUGGAUUCCUCUAAAGAAUAAUGGAAAGCUUGAACUCACAAAGCCCAGUAAAUUCCAGUGUAGGCAAAACCAUAGAGAAUAGAGAAACUUUCUCAGGCUAUAACAACACUAUUCCUUCACCCAAGGGCAACCCUCGUUCUGUCCGACAUUUAAAAGCCAAGCCAAACAUGACCUGCCGGCGCAAGCGUGAGUUUAUCUCCGAUGAGAAGAAAGAUGCCUCCUACUGGGAGAAACGCCGCAAGAACAAUGAAGCAGCUAAACGCUCCCGGGAAAAACGGAGACUCAAUGACAUGGUUUUGGAGAAUAGGGUUAUUGCACUGAAUGAUGAGAAUGUACGUCUAAAAACAGAACUCCUGCAGCUGAAACUCAGAUUUGGCCUCAUCAGUGCAGCCUCCUACAUGGAGAAGAGCCAGCAAAUUGGAGGAACAAUGAAUGGAAGUUCUACUUGCUCUUCCUCUUCUUCCAGUCAUUUCUACCAAGGCUACUCUAGUGGCUCCCAAGUGAUGAACUCUGAUUCUUCAGAGACUGAGCUGUCUGUCCGGGGUGAGGGACUUGCACAGUUAGUUAAGUACUCUCCUAGAGGUUCUCUCUCAGAUAUGUCUGAUGGUUCUUCCCGUGACAGUCCAGAGCCAAUGAACUAUGAUAUCAAGCAGGAAGGGCCAGGGAUAGACAUGGACAUUGCAAAUAACACGACCACACCAAUUAUGUUCAACAUCUCUCGUGAUUUGUCCACAACACAUACCUUUCAAUCAGGAUAUCACAGCCACCAACAGCAGCCUCAGCACCAAGAGACUGUAGUCAGUGCUUCUGCGCCUCCAGUGCAAACUGCUCAAAGAAGUGUUAUCUUAUAUCGCCCUAGCAGUGUCUCAUAUCCUGUAGAGAGUUCAAGACCUCAGGAAAUCUCUCAACAGAGACUGUCACAGGUCCUACUCCAACCUACAGAGCGAGCUACCAAAAGCACUGAAAGCCUAUCAGAGGCAACCAGUCAGCAUGAAAGUAAGACUUUAGACACUCUGCCUUAUGAAUACUUAGAUGGAGAAGCAGCAAUGAAACCAGCAUACAGGGCCCAACAUCAGCAGCUUGUGGCUAGUUGUCAGAAGGCUGAGACUAUGGCACCAGACCUUUGCAGACAAGGGGGUGAAGAUCUGUACCACUGUGACAGCGCACAGGAUGAGGAGCCUCCAGUACUGAGUUAUGAAGGAGGUCCCAGGAAAGAAGGGUACUAUCAUGGUCACUCAGGAAAUGACACCUCCUUAAGUGAUGGUGAUCCCCGCAAUUCUGACAAAGAUGCAUCCACUGAUGAUGAGUGCCCAUCUUCAUUUUGUCCUGAAACUGGCAGUUAUCACCAGCAAUCCCCUUUGGCUGGAGGGCCAAAUUCGACCCCACAAAGCCAAAGCAGAGACAGUCAAGCAGAGGUCAAAGGUACAGCACUACCGCACAAACUACGCCUUAAGCACAGAUCUCUGAGUAAUGCUGGAUCAGCAACUCAAGAAUCACCAACUACACCACCAGCACAUGUGCAUCUAUUACCUCAGCACCCUUACCUGGCGUUGUUUCAGUCCAACCAGCAACUACAGGUUGGUUGAGAAAGGGAGAGCCAGGGGUUUUCACUUCAAUAGAGCAAAGAAGGAUGGAUUCUGUAAAGAAAAUCCUGGUGUAUGCAAUAGUAUGAAUAAGAGGCCUGACCAAGGAUGAGGGACACUAUGGGACCCACUGUGGUAGAAUGCUAACAGACAUAUCCUGUAGCCUUUUCCCGCCUGGUAUUGGUGUGCAUUGGGAGAAGAGACAUAGAUAUAGAAAUGUCAGUCCCAAAAGCAGACAUUAACAUCUGGGUAAACUGUAUUAUACUGUAAAGACUGCUUUGUUUCUGUAUCUCAUUCUAUAAUUACAAAAGCACUUGUGCAGCAAACGAGAGGAGUGAACUAACUGUUCACAUUUUUCCCAAUCAUAAUUUGUUAUAAGAUGAUGUCAAGGUAACAGCAAACAUGGCAAUAGAAACCAUUUGUGAGGCAUUCUAACCCACUCACUAACUGUAAAUGCCUACUGGUUUGUGUCCAUUUUUAUACCAAAUCAGAGACUAGCUGUUUACCAGAAAACAUAUCAAAACAUCUGGGAAUAUUCCCUUGACCAAAGAAAGACAAUAGCUUUACAUUUCAUACCUCUGCCAUACAUAUUUUUAAUUUUCCCUAUUCCUGAAAACAUAUUCACAAUCACAGACAUCACUUUCUCUUGUCCAGACACUUGGUUUGUAUAUUACUGUGAUAUAAUUAUUAUAUAUAAAUAUAUAUUUUAAGAAUAAAAUCAAGGUUUUUUUUUUUUUUUUUUUUUUUUUUGAAAAAAAAGAAAAAAAAACUACAUGGGCAAAAAGGAUUUAGACGACUCACUAAUUUGUCAAAAAUACAGUAUAGUAUCAUUGUGUUUACUGUUCAGGUGUCAUUUAAGUACCUUUUUUAUUGUUUAAUUGUUAUUUUAAAAGUUCUCAUUGUUUUCAGUAACUUACCUUUUUAAUGAAAAUCAAAAUGCUUAAAAAAGCAGAGGUAUGUGGGAUGUCAUAGAUUAAACAGUGCAAUUUUAAUGCAUUUACAGCAAUUACAUAAGACUGGAAAUAAAUAAAAUGUAACCAACAAAAAUGCUUUAACAGGUCCAAGCUUUUACAAAUAGGUAACUGAGUUACAUCAGUAUUAAGAAGCUGCUGUUUGCAGCCAUGAUUUUGAUGUCCUGCCCUUGAACUCUUACUUAAGCCAUUCUGAUGUUCACAGAAUCUGUAUGUCAGUUGUAGGCACAACCAUACAUAUUUCCCUUUACUUUUCAGAGUGAAUACUCUUACUGAGGACAGGAACAAUCUAACUUAUCUUACUGAAAAAAAAAUGAGAUUUUUUUUAUGUGCCUCAUUUAGACUCACUGUCUUUUUAAUUUUUAAGUCAAGUCUACGUCAUGUCAGUCUUGCAUAAAGCACUUAUUAAUGUAUAAAUGUAAAGUUUCUUCUACCCUGGAUGACACUGUAUUCUGUGCUUUUUAUUUUUUAAUUAUGUGUGAUUUUUGAGAAAAGUGUUGUACUGUUUUCAUGUAUUUAAACUCCCCUCUGUCAUUUUCACCCCUUUCCCUUUUCAAAGCCUUUUCCCUCAUUCUAUCAAUGUGUAUUAAAUUCAGUGAUCUUUGUGUUUUCUGUUCAUAUGUUCAUGAAAAAGAAACAAAGAUUCAAUAAGACUUCUGUUAUGGAGUGACACUGUUGUCACAAUCUCUGUUCUGAAAUGGAUUCAUGAUGUUACAACACUAAUAUACAUCAAAGACAAUGGGUGCAUUUGAAAAAAUAAAAUAAAAAAAAAAAAACAAUAAAAAGGAUAUUGCUUUUCUGAA